GUUUGUGGUUUCCAAAAUCAGAUCUACCUAUCAGUUAUCAAUAUCAGAUUUUCAAAACUAAAAUAAGAAUAAGGACUACCAAAAGAUGAGAUACCCAACCUUGUGGGAGAGCACAUCUCUCCUUCUUGUUCUGAUCCUACCAACUUAUGCUGACCAAAAUUUGAUUCAGGCUGUCCAAAACUCCAGGAAUUUUAGCUGCAAGGAACCGCAAAAUCGAGCCUACAAUCUACAGGAUUUGAUGCAAGAAGUUCAACAAAAUUCAGCAGAGACUCCAACCCAUCCUGCUUACAUUAUUUUAAAAAGAUGUGAUGCUCACUCUGGAUGUUGUCACACCACUGAAAUGAGUUGUUUUCCAGUCACAAGUUGGAAUUACUUUGAGGAUGUGGAAAUAAGAAUUUGGAACGUGGAGACCAACAAGACCAGGAAUAUAUGGAUUAGAAUCGAGCAACAUCGCAAAUGUGCUUGUGAAGAAUCCAACAUCAGUGACAGGAUCGCUCAAGAAAGCCGGAAACCUCGUAUUAAGAUCCUCUCACCUUAGUGUUUUGUUCAGAAAAAUCUUGAAAGAGAAAUUAUAAAUCCGGAAAAAAGUAGCGAGAACAAUAUAAUGAUUAGCUAUUUAUAUCCUGGAUUAUCUUUUGAACAAUCGUCAGAAAGAAUUCUAUAAAAACUCUUCUAUAGUGACCUUUUUUGAAAUCAUAAAAAUCGGUGAAGAAAAGUUGGUGAUUCUCUUUCAGAUUAUUCAUGAAUUCUGUGGUUUCACUUUGGUUCUUCAAUGUGCAGUAGGAUCAAGAUAGAAAAAUGGUUUGUGAAAUUGUUUAAUGAAAGUUAAAAGUGUAGUAAAAUCUCAGUGGGACAAAAAUCCAAGGUGUUCAGAAGUAUAUGUGUGUUACGAAAAUUUGAAGUGCUGAAUAAGUAAUCCCAGUAAAGAUUCAGCGAGACUUAUGAAUUUAGAACCAGACGUUCUUGAAGUGAAAUUAUUCUGGAAAAAAAUUGGCUUCACUGUUUAAAUAUGUACGAGGAAUAUAUUUGGCAGAGUUCCCAGUGAAUCUCUUUGCGGCGCCAGUAAAUCGAUUCAUCAAGAGUCUGCUUAUCAUCAUGUAACAACACCUGUUUCUCGUAACCGCCUCGUCUGUCAGAGAAAGAACAUUUUUUUUUUAUAAGAUCAUUGAAGGAGUUCUGAAACUGAAAAGACUUCUGACGAAAUUCAGGAAUCAGAACUCGCAGGGAAAAUGGUGAUAUAUUACUAUCCUGCUAGUUUAAGAAACAAAAAGCAGUAUUUAUUUAUUGUUGUAUCGUCUAAAAUUGCAAUUGUUCAAUUUUAAAAACUUAUUUACAUUCCAAUAAUUUCAUUAUGAAAUACUAGUGCAUAAGAACUACAUUAAAGUGUAGAUGAUUUAAAUUUGUAAUUAUUUCAUUUUUUUUGUUGAAAUUG